GAAACGUGUCAUCAAACCUCCAGGAAGGUCGGACCGACGCCAAAGCGGAUGUAGAGCAACAACAGUGAUGCAAGGGCUGUGUGAGUGUGUGGGCGGGACAAUAACAGUGAUGUAACAUCAGGCAGUUUCUCUCGUGGAGGAGUUUCCUGCUAAAUGGGUCAAGGUAAACAGGUAGACCGAGAGACAGAGAGGUAAUCAAAAAUGCCACUUUCGUGUUCCUCUUUACAUCCUGUAUCAGUGCUUUCCCAUCCCUGCGCUGGAGUGAAACCGGUUUGCACGAAUAGACAACUGGCCAUGUGAAGGUGCCAUGUGCCUCGCGUGCGAGCCGAGUCUUGCCGUGAGGAGGUUUUGGUGCAGCCUCGAUUGUGCUGAGCAUGUCGCACUUCGCACACAAUUGCUCUGAGUGGAAAGAAUGAUCAAGUUGCGAGACGAGAUUUGCAGUGGCUCCAGGUGUUUACUCGCUCUUGUUGUGUGAAAAAUGCCUCUGAUUUAACGUAAGCUACAAUAUGCGUUGGAGGAUUAAAAAGAAAAAGGUCUGCCUCCAGAUGCAGAAGUAGUCAGAUGACGGCAGUCAGAUGAUGGCAAUUGAGUCACUGUCGUAGACGCAAAAGACAGCAGUGUUCAUGCACGUUAUAUAUAAACUUGACUUUCGAAGUCAUUGAGAAAUAUCAGUGACAGAAACAGGCCGAAGCUCAACACUCUGUUACGCAACACCGACAAGUACAAGCACAUGCCUUUUACUCCCGGUCCCACGAGAUAAAGAUAUAAAACAAAUGUUUUUUUUCCGAUGCCGGUCUGAACUCUGGCACAGGGUCAAAAAGAUCACAAGGAGAGGUGCAGUAAUAAUUAACCUGAGGGAUUCCCUCACUCCUCUCUGUGGCGUGUUGGGAGUUAACUGCGUCUGGGAUUCCCACUUUCUCUUUUGUGUGGGAAGAUGUUGACUAUAUUAAGAGCGUGGAGUUCCAGCAGAGGCAUCAGUGUGCGUUAUGGACGGACAUCAGGCAGGACAAGAAGAGAUGCUGGUGAAGGUCACAGUGAAGGGGGACAGUUUGGAGGCCAUCCAUCGACCUGGAGGAUCGCCUGCUGACCACCGCGGCUGCUCCAAGUGCAGAGUUGCGUUGGGAGCAGUGAUGGGACUGGUCAUCGGGGCUCUGGUCACAGGCUUUGUCCUGUAUUUUGUCAUUUUCACAGCAUCAUGCGAGCAGAAUGAUCCACCGAGCGUUACAACAACUGUCCCAACGCCCAUUCAUCCAACAACCAUCCAAACAUCCUUUCAUCCAACAAAGAGUGAUGAAGACGGACAAUAUGACAUCUGGACUGUGGACAGAGCUGGUGCCUACUUAAUCUACGGAUGGGUGAAGUUCUCAUACAUCACCAAUGAAACUGUUGCUCUCUGGCAGACGUUGGAUGGGCAAAAUAGAAACUUCCAGAAGAAGACUGUGAGUGAGACAGAGAUUUUCUUUGUCUGUGAGUACUUGCUGGUCAAGGGCAUGAGAAUAAGAAUGGACUCCAAGUCAAACUUCAAAGACAGCUCGUUCCAUGUCUACAGACUGCUUAACCAGGCUGAAAACAGAAGUCACUGCCUGUAACAACACAAACUGCUGACGAGGUGUCAGGUUCGCGCACGGCAUGAUAAUAUUUUAAGCCUAUAAAACCUGUCUGGCUUCAUGUUAUUCAAGUCCACAUCUCUGUCUGUCUCUGGGUAGUGUCAUGAACAGCGGCAUGGCCGUGCUUUCUAUGGAAAGAGCGGGUGUUGUCACUCUGCAGUGUCACAAGGAAGGAUGUGAUUUUCCUCAGGAGGCAGACGGCAGGCCAGAGCUGGUUUGGCUGUUUUGUUCUUGCUUAAGUCAACGCCCAGCGGAUGAAUGCUGACAGAGAUACCCGACUCUAGAAGAAAUGGCCACGUUCAUGAUUUCUGCGCUAAAUCAAAGUAGAAAAGUCCCAUCAGGUGGAGCGGCUGAUUUGAUCUGAAAUAUCACUUUUGACAAGAAAUUGCUACAAAAACCAUGGAGAAGUCAUAAGGUGCUUUACUUUCUGGUUUUCCAUCAUUCUGCACGAACACAAACCACAAUAUUUUUCUAAGUUUCACAAGAAUAAGUUUCCUGCGUAGUCAUUUUCAUCUCUCUGUUUGACUCCUCUUACCUGUGAGGAUGACCAGCCAGACGGGAACCACACGUUUCAUUUCCAUUUUCACAAACCCACCGACUCACAGUUUAUUAUAUUAAAAGAUUGUACAGUUUUGUUUUGUUUUGUUUUUUUAAUGGGAAGUGCUGUUAAAAAAAUAAAAAAUAAAAAAUAAAAAAAUCCUGUCAAAAGUCAAAUGAAAACUGGAUCUUAAGACCACUACACUUUGAUUUCUCUAAAUUAUUAAAUUCUUGAGUGUGAAUGAAAGCUGGCUGAGUAUUUAAUCUGGCAGUGAUCUCCAGCCAUGUUGAUAUAAGUCCAGUAUUGUAUUUUAUUUGAUCAGAACCAGGGGUCUGAGGCGGAAGUUGUCAGAUGUUGUAAAGAUUUUUACUCCCUCUGAAACAACUUUGCGUUUUUUUUCUAACAUGUAUUGUAAAUAAAACUGAAAUAAAGUCCGACGAAUGUGAA